CUUCAAUCAUGGCGGCAUCCAUUUCAGGUUAUACUUUUAGUUCUGUGUGUUUUCACAGCGCCAACAGCAACUCAGACCAUGAGGGCUUCCUAUUAGGAGAUGUCAGGCAAGAAGAGACUGUAAGCAUCAGCGACGCACAGAUCAGCAGUGCCGAAUUCGUCCAAGUAGUAGAAAUACACAACCACGUUCCGUGUACACAUUUGUUUAGCUUUUAUGACUACACAGGUAAAAUCAACGAAGAAAAUUUCAACAGCAUUCUUAAAGAUAGGCGGAAAAAUGUAAUCGGUUGGUACCGGUUUCGAAGGAACACACAGCAGCAGAUGUCGUUCAGAGAGCAGAUCAUCCACAAACAGCUCACUGAGCUGCUCGGUGUGCCCGACCUCGUCUUCCUUCUUUUGAGCUUCAUCUCUACUGCCAACAACUCCACACAUGCACUGGAGUAUGUGCUCUUCAGACCAAACCGCAGUAGGUACAACCAGAGGAUUACACUCACUAUCCCAAACCUUGGGAACACGAGCCAACAGGAAUACAAAGUCUCUUCAGUGCCCAACACCUCUGUCAACUAUGCCAAGGUCAUCAAAGAGCAUGGUGCCGAGUUUUUUGACAAAGAUGGAGUAAUGAAGGAUAUCCGAACAAUAUUCCAAGUUUACAGUGCACUGCAAGAUAAAGUCCAAGCUGUGUGUGUGGAGGUCGAACAAAGUGAGCGUGUUAAAGAGAAAAUCCAAGAGGACGUGAACAAACUCAAACAACAAAUUGCUCUCAGGAAGCACAGGACUGCAGCCGAGGAAAGAAGGCUCCGUGAAGUCCAAAAUGCAGACUCCCAUUCCACUCCAGAGGAGACCACUAAAACUUCUGAGGCUUCACCUCUAUCCAGGAUAACCUUCCGCACACCCUCAGCUCCAGAGCGGCCCAGUACCUCACCAAACCCACCCUCUUACACUGACCUCUUAUCCCAAGAUGACAAUCUGCUGUCGUCUUCUUCCCCACCCACCAGUGCUGCUCUUUUGCCCCGGCCUCAAGCUGUGGGCUCUCCAGGACACCCGACCCCGGCCCCGCUGGGGUCAGACCUGGGCCUGGGAAUGGGCCUGGGCCUCGGCACCAGUUCCACUCCUAAUCCCAUUAGCAAUCCCAGCACUCCAUACCUUGGAAAUGGUGAUGGAUCAAGCUCUGAUUCAUUAGACAGACAAGCUGCAGGACAGGAGGAUGAUGACGACCACGAUGAGGAUGAUGAUGAUGAUGAAGAGGAAGAAGAUGACAGUAGCGAAUAUGAGAACUUAGUGAGUGAAGGUCCUCGUCUGCCAAUUGUUUCUGUCAGUGCUUUAGCUCAAGGCCGACCAGCUGCCCUCAGCCCUGAUGGGGACGCUCAUGGCUCACAAACCACAUAGAAGAGUGUCACAGGACAUGUGGGGGACACAAAUAAAUGACAUGCACCUUGAGAGGUGGGCAUCUGAAGCAAUCAAAGAUUAGCAAAUGUUGACAAAAGAAGUGCCAGUCCUGAAAGUGAAAGGCAUACACAAGUGGUGUCCCACUGUGUAUUAUUCUUAUUGUCUUAGUAUGAUCUCCAUUUUAAGGGGAAACCUUGCCAGGCUUUGCAGUUGCACCUCACUGGGGAUUUAAAAUGUUUUUUUGUUUUGUUUUUGUUUGGAUUGAGGCCCUUUAAGGUACUAAAGUGUGGAUCUGUCAGGUUUCAGGGUCAGAAGUGGAUUAUACAAUGCCGUUUAUGCCAGCUGGUUGGCAAACUGGCUUUAUAAAACACAGACCCACACUUUCUGUAUGUUUUGUGUCUGCAUCUUUUUGUGUCACAUUUGCAUCACCAACUUUAAGUAUCAUUUCUUGCAAUAUCUCUUGCACUUUUUCUUUUUCUUUGAAACAGUCCCUCUAAGAAAGCAAAGGGAAAUUAUUUUGCAGCCUUCAAACAAUUUUAAUCAGAGUAGACAAGUGGUUGAUUACCUUUAUUUCUUAAUUUGAUGAAUAUGAGGAACGUAUAUCUAUAUAUGUAACUAUAAAUACUUUGUCAAUGCCUACUUCUCCUUUGAUUUUGGACUUAGUGUUCCACGGUCUGAUUAAUCAUACAGUUGCCUAUUUAAAUUAUAAGAAAUAGAUUUCAAGGAAAUUUAACCUGCCACAAUGGGUGCUUUAUAUCUACCUAAUAUAUAUAUAUUUUUGUCAGAUUAACAGUUAAUCUUAUUGGAUUGACUAUAGUGUGGGUGUCUUUUUCUUCAUGGAUAACACUGAAAUUGUAUGAGCUUUGCUGCACUUAACAACAUUUAAGAUUUCUUUAUUAUUGUGCUAUACCAAUGCUGACAUGUUAUGCCACUUGACUAGUUGUCUUUGACCACUCUGAGCCAAACACAGCUCAACUUUUGUGCAUUGUAUGGGGUUCACAGGGCAAACACAGUGUACUGUAGCUUUACUAAACAGAUGCUUCAAGUUCCCUUCUGCUGCUGCAACAGAGAGCUACUACUAAAAAUUGCAUCUGUCUCUUCUUCAUAUUCAAACCUGGCUGCUACUUCUAUUUUUAUCAUGCUGGUUGUCUCAACUUGUUAUUAAAAUUGCAAUGGAAGGCUAACUACCACCCUCUGUAGUGUGUGGAUUGUAACCUUGGUAACAGAGACUGAUCUUAUCUUACUUUUUUUUUUUUUUUUUGCAUAUUUGACCUCAGAACUAAUUUAUUCUGGCCUUUGGGUCAGUGUUUUGCAAACGGACCUGGAUAAUGUGAUGAAACCAUCAUGGCCCUGUUUCAGUACACAGUGCCUUUCACUUAAGGGCAGUCUAGCUGCACACAGAUAUGUCACAGGUUUCUCUUGAGGUGUGACAUUUGUGUUUCCAAUGAUCAGCUUAUGUUUCUUGUUUUAUUUUUUUAUACCUGCAGCUAUUUGCAUCCUUUCCCUAAAUGUUGUUUUCUUCUCCUAAAACGAUCAUGCUCUAUUCUCCCUUCUUAGUCACUGAAUGCUUCAAAGGGGACCUGUUUCUCAUGGUUGCAAAUAUCACUUUGCUUGCUUUAUUAUUUUUGACUGGAAUUGCAAUUAAGUCUGAGUAACUGAACAGCCGAUAAAGCAAAGUUGGUGAUGAGAAUGACUGACAUGCAGAUGAUUGACUUCACAUCUGGCCCAUAUAAAGACAUAGUAUGGAUUUAUUUGGGUGUAGAGCAUCCUCAUUGCAUGAUUAGUUCUAAACAAUGUUAAAUUCAGCAUGGACACGUUUUUGCACUACACAAGACAUGUUUGUGGUGGGAGACCCUUUGCCUUGUGAACAAGCUCUGCUUUAUUUACACAGCCUGUUUGUACGUCAUGUUUUUUUGCCUUAGGGGUCAUUUCACUUGCCCUGAUGUGUAAUGCCAAUGUGUCACUGACCAGGAACUGGCACUCAAAAUAUUGCUGUUGCUUAAUAAUCACCCAGAGUAACACAAUCACACAAUGGAGAAGGAAAAAAAAAAAAGAACGAAAUGACAAAGUCUGUUUUGUUAGGAGUCUGGUUUCCUUUAAUACUGGAACAUAAUAGGCAUAAAUAAUGAAUGUAUAAUAGACAGUGGAGUUGGGGGUAGCAUUUCAACAGCACUUACUGUAUAGGCUUGUCUCAGUCUAGUGUUGUGGUGGCGUAGAACUGCGGCUCUGUAUUGGUCCUCUCUCCAUCCUGAUCUUAAGAUCUGAAAUGAUGAAGUCUUUAUCUGUGGCCUUCACUGGUAUAACCUCAUCCUCAUGGCCAGAGUGAAAACCAGCAAGGCUUUGGCGCAGAAGACCACUGGCAUAAAGCAUGAGAAGAUUGUUAGGAUGCAAUAGCUUUUCCAGUUUCAACAUAAUACAAAUAUACACUCAUGUACUCUUGCCGUAUGGGGUGACACCUUCACUUCCUUCGUGGAGUGACCAUUGUAAUAACACCUCCCUAAAGCACAAAGUCCAGUGCACUUAACUUAAGUCUUAUUGACUUUGUUCUGGAUUUGUGUACUCUGAAAACUGAGCAAGGACUUGCAUGGAGGAGCACAGAGAACAAGGUGCUUACAUUGGGGGAUAAUAAAUGAGACAU